GACGGUUGUGUCAUCCGCAAAGAGGCCAGUUUUAGAGGAUAGGUAUAAAGACAAUGAAAUAAUGGAAUGGUAAAACAAAUACAUUUCUAGAGAAUACUCUUUAAACACGCAAAUUUGAUCUGAGGCGUAAAAUUGGCUAUCUGAAUAUGCAAAUUGCGCGAAAAUAUUGAAUAUAUAUAAAUGCAAAUAUUACUAAUUGAUUCGUGGGAAUAAAAAAGGUGAAAUAAAAACCAGAAUAAAAAAAGAAAAAAGAAAAAAAAAACCAACAGCUGUUGCAAUUCUGAUGACAAUGAGAAUACAUUCAUUUUUCGGGUAUGGGGAAUAAUAGUGAAGUUGAUCAUUCAAGAAACAAAAGUUAUAAGAAUCGUGAAUUGGAUAUUUAUAGUGUGAAAUGUACUAAAUGUUAAUGAUGUAAAAGGCUUCUGUAUACACGAUAACAAUUACACGGUGGUAUCACACCGGUGCAAUUUAGUUAGCCUACUUCAAUGUUAUAUGUCUCCUCUCUUCGAUCAAAAUAACACAUUAUCCACUGGAUACAAUUCUAGUCGUAAAUAUAACUCAAAGAUUUUCAAGACUGUCAUUUCAUUCGCUGUCAAUUGGUCGAGAUGAGAGUUUAAUUCCUUGGACGCAAUUCAUUGGCUCCCACGAAUUAACUAUUUCCCUUUAUUGUAAGCUUGGCGAUGAUAGAUCUAUGCCUGCGUAUGUUAACGUAUUUCGCCAGUGAAACCCAUACCAUUCUGUAAUCACUCACAUUUGCUAUACAGGUGAUGUUAGAAUAAGGCAACGACGGUUAAAAUCGGUGUUCUGGAUGUGAAGUAGUUUAUAGUGCAGGAGCACACCGAAGAAGCAACGCAACCGUCUGCUAUUUUUUAAUUUCAUGUGUUGGAUGUGAAUUUUUUAUGUAUCGUACAUUAUUUCCAUUAACCGAUGAUAGUACUUCGGUGUGAAUUCAAUGUUCAUAAAUAACCUAUUUAAAAAAGAUUAUUAAAGCUACUUGUUAUCUUUUAACCUCUCUUUAAAAUAAUUGUAUAUUAUCGAAUUUUAACAAAUGAGGAUCUUUUACACGAGUGGGUUUUGAAUUACGUAGCCUUUGGACUAUAGUCAGUAUUCAAUAUUUAUUAACCCAUUAUUGUUUAAUGGGGAUAUUAUAUGAGAUAAUCCACGCGUUACAAUCAUUGGUCGCUUUAAUGGAUAAUAUGCAACAAAAUUGGUGUUAGUUUGUAGUAAUAUAUCAUUGUACAAGUUGAUUUAUACAAAGAACAACGUGUUUUACGCCCAGCGUACAAUGUCAAUAGGCUGAUGGAUAACAGUGACCGAAUUUAAAAACCAAGUCAGUGGUGGAAUAUUGUUCAAGAUCAACGUAAGGUAUCACGGUAUUUUAAAAUGAUUAACUACCAAAUGUAAGACCAAAAUUUGUGUGUAGAUUAUCAAACUACAUAGUUAAGUACUGCCUUCAAUUUCUAGCUUUUAUUGUUUACUUUUUCUUAUCUCAUUGAUGGAAAUUGUUUCAUCGUUGGUGUCGUGUGCUAUCGGGAGUACCGACCAUUAGCGGCAGUCGCCUGAAGAGCAUCUUAGAUAACCAGCCAUUUUUUCUUAUGUAUCAGCGUCGAUAAGAAGGUCUAUAAUGGAUUAUAAAUGUGUACACAACACACUACAAGGAUUUCUAUAAAUUCGAUAACCCUUCAGAUUCUGUUGCGUUUUUUAUGAACGGUUGAUGUGUAGAUACAUGGUCAAGUGAUCUCUGGAUUGGUUUAAAGUCAUUUGAGUUGAUAAUAAUUUAAUCAAUGAGAACAUCUUUACAAAUUGACUUAAGAAAUUAAAGUGCGGAUGCGUUAAAGUGGUUGUUAAAAGAGUUACCAGUUCUCACUUUUCAUUAUUGUCAACCUAUUAAAGUGAUCUUUGGAAUAUGAUUAAGUAAUAUUAUUAUAUAACAAGCUAUUCUAUCAGAUUAACUCUAUCAUUGGCCAAUGAACUUUCCCCCAGCUGUAAUUUGCGUUCUUUGAACCGGUCCUUGUUGAAUACGGGUAACCAAUGGAGAUAUGCAACAAUGGUGUAAUAAUUCAAAGAUUCAUUGAAUAAUUAAUACUGGUUAGAAUUAUUACCAGAUAUCAAAUUACAAUCAUGGGAUAACGGUUGAAUGGUUUAAAUGCGAACUGCACCAUGAUGAAGUAAAACAAAGAAACUAAGUAUCUUAAGAACAAUAAUUAGACGUCAACGACCCUCAAGAUGUAUGGCUUGCUCCUGGAGGCUAUUGUGGAAUACAUCAAGAGAGAAUAUGGUGAAGAAAUUUGGGAAGUAGUUCGAAACCGGACAAAUCUUCACCAAGCAAGCUUCGCUACCCAUAAUAUUUACAGCGAGAAUACCAUUAAGGAGAUCGCCGAAGCCACCUCUAUCAUCACCGACACCCCUUUACAUGAACUAAUGGAUGCUUUCGGGGUAUCCUUUGUUCAAUUUGUAGGGCAGUAUGGGUACGACAGGAUUCUGAAGGUCCUUGGGAGACAUAUGAGAGAUUUUUUGAAUGGUUUGGAUAAUCUUCAUGAGUAUCUUCGAUUCAGUUACCCAAAACUCAAACCGCCUUCGUUUUUCUGCGAAAGUGAGAACAAAAAUGGUUUGACCCUUCAUUAUCGCAGCAAAAGAAAAGGGUUCUUACAUUACGUGAAAGGACAAAUUAGGCAAGUAGGUAAAAUGUUUUAUAACACAAAAGUUGAUAUUUAUGUGAUCACUGAAGAAGUGGUGGAUGACAUGGUCCAUGUUGUUUUUCGAUUAUUAUUUGACAAUAAAGCUUUCAAAGAAGGAACAGUAUCAUGUUCGGACAGUAUAGUGAAUAACAUUCCACUAAAUUCUGAAAGCCUUUUUGAACUCUUUCCGUUCCACAUUGUGUUCAGUAGAUAUUUGGAAAUACGGAAUGUUGGAUCGGGUCUUGCAGCUGUGAUGCCUCGUCUAGUGGGAGCUAAAUUAUUUACUGUUUUUAGCAUGUCUCGACCUCUCGUGGAUUUUACGUGGGACGGGAAGGAACAAGUAUAUCUUGUGUCAUACACGACACCAGUCACAAUGCAACACUAUAUGGAGGUGGCGUUACAAGCACAGAACAUGAGAAAUGGUAUAAUAUGUCCAAGAAAGAUUAUUCAAAUUCAUGGAAGACGCCCAUCAGAUUUCACAACUUGGACUUGGAUUUCAGAAGCAGAAUUCUAGUAUAUUGGUAAA